UUGUUCCCUAGCUAGCAAUUAAUCGCAACCUGUAGCCAGCACCACUCGCUCAGUCACUUGCCCACACGCACAUCAUCGAUAGCUAGCCUCACCGGCGAUCUAUCCACCCAUUCACCUCACCUCCCUCGCCGAGUAAACCGGAAGAAGCUACCGGCCGCCAUAUCGAUCGCACGCCAGAGCAGAGCACCGCAAGAAGUUGGUCGGUCAUGGGGGCGUUGGCAGCGUCGAUCACGUCGCACGUGCCGCCGGGGCUGCUGGCGUCGCUGGCGGCGCUGCCGAACCCGGGCGAGCUGGUGCGGCGGGCGGUGCGGCUGGAGGACGAGCUGAGGGAGUUGCUCCGGCUGAAUGCCCGUGACGGAGCGGCGGCGGAGCAGGGAGGCAACAGGGCGCAGCAGACGCGGGAGCGGUUCCUGCGCGCGUACGAGCGGCUCAAGAGCGAGCUCCUCGACGACCGCACUUUCAACUUCGACUUCACCGACGAGACCAGGCAGUGGGUCGCCAAGAUGAUGGACUACAAUGUACCCGGAGGUAAACUGAACCGUGGGCUGUCGGUGAUCGACAGCUACAUGUUGCUGCGUGAAGGGACGGAGGUAGACGACGAGGACUUCUACCUCGCCUGCGUACUCGGAUGGUGCAUCGAAUGGCUGCAGGCAUCCGCGCUGGUGCUGGACGACAUCACAGACAACGCCUACACGAGGCGCGACAACCUCUGCUGGUACAAGCUGCCAACGGUUGGUCUGUCAGCGAUAAACGAUGGUGUGCUGCUCAAGUGCCACGUUCAGGCCAUCAUCAAGAGGUACUUCAAGGAGAAGUUCUACUUCGUGGACCUCAUGGAGCUGUGGAACGAGAUCGGCUUGCAGACUGCCAUGGGGCAGAUGCUGGACCUCAUCACUACCCACACCGGUGCAAAGGAUCUCGCCAGAUACAGAAUCCAAGGUUAUCGCCGCAUUGUCAAGUACAAGACAUCGUACUACUCCUUCUACCUGCCGGUUGCCUGCGCUUUACUCCUGAAUGGUGCGAAAUUGAGCGAUUACGUCGAGCUAAAAAAUGUUCUCAUCGAAAUGGGAGUAUACUUUCAGAUACAGGACGACUACCUGGAUUGUUUCGGAGACCCUCAAGUUAUUGGCAAGGUUGGAACUGACAUAGAAGACUACAAGUGCUCAUGGCUAAUAGUCCAAGCUAUGGAACUGGCUAAUGAGAAUGAGAUGAAGAUACUAUACGAAAACUACGGCAAAUCUUCCCCAGAAUGUGUUGCGGCAGUGAAGAAUGUUUAUAAGGAGCUCGACCUUCAGGACAUAUUUUUGGAGUACGAGUCAAGAGUUUACAAGCAUCUGGUUUCAACCAUUGACGCCGAACCAGACCGCGCUAUUCGUGAGAUAUUGAAGAUCUUCCUGAAGAAGAUUUACAGGAGGAAGAAGUAGAACAUCCUCUCUUCUGGUUUAACCGUGCUUAAAAUGGGGAGCAGCCUUAAGUACAUUCAAGGAUGGAGAUGCCAUGGGCUCCCAAGUUUAACAUGUAUGAUAUGCAUUGAACAAGACACUGCCAUGAGCUUGAGCUAUUGUGUACGAGGUGAAGACGAAAAAACAUGAAUUUCUUUGAUAUGUUGAUAAUUCUAGAAUUUUGCAACCAAAAGGUUCGGCUACA